GCGACAUGAAGACAAACGAGUGACGGGCGGCGGCGGCAGCAGCAGCGCGCGCCAAGCAUCACGGGCUCCUCAUUGGCCGCAGGAGGACGAGUGGGCGGGACAUCUGAUGAGCACCGGACCGGGCUCUGCUCGACCUGCGGAAGCAACAUGAGACUCAGGUGCUUCCUGAUGCUCCUGACCUGCACCGCCGUUUUUGGGGGCGACGACAAGGAGCCGUGCGCCGGGCGAGACUGUUCCACCUGUCGAUGCUUUCCGCCGAAGGGAGCCAGGGGGUCUCCGGGGUCUCUUGGGCCUCAGGGUCCUCAGGGGCCCCCAGGCUUCCCAGGCCCGCAGGGUCCUCCAGGAGAGAAAGGCAAGCGAGGAGCCGAAGGCCCAGCAGGACCUCCGGGACCAAAAGGAGACACGGGAGCUGUUGGUGUUCCCGGAUUUCCUGGUUUAGAGGGAGUCCCGGGUCACCCGGGCCCAGCUGGUGGUCCUGGUUUUCCAGGUGUGGAUGGAUGUAAUGGGACGAGAGGAAGACAGGGAAAUCCUGGACUACCUGGAGAACAAGGGCCUCGUGGUGCAACGGGCUUUCAAGGACCAAAGGGAUUUCCGGGAGAUGCGGCGUUCUUCUUUCUCCAGUAUCCUGGAGUCCCCGGUGACCCCGGCCUCGAGGGACUUCCUGGUCUGCCGGGUGGACCAGGUACGAGAGGUUUAACAGGAUUCUUGGGUGCUGCUGGUCCUGACGGAGUGGAUGGUCUCCCUGGCCUGCCAGGUUCCAGAGGUCUGCCUGGCGAACGAGGUCGAUCGGUGCUGGGACCGAAAGGGGAUGAGGGUGAACAAGGUUUACAGGGUCCCCCGGGCCCAUUUGAGUAUGUUGACCCCCCAGAGGAAUUCUACAUCAAAGGAGAGCAGGGUGCAGCGGGGCCCAAAGGGGUUUGUGGAGCGCAAGGCCUGCCAGGUCUGGAUGUUUUCCCUGGCGUCAAGGGAGAGAAGGGAAUUGUGGGACUUCCCGGACCCAGGGGACUCCCGGGACGCCCUGGUCUACCUGGUUACAAAGGAGCUCAGGGCGCUAGAGGAAGCUCUGGUCUUCCAGGUUUGAUCGGACAAGAAGGUCCAAAGGGCGUGAUGGGAGAUCCUGGUCUGAAAGGCCAACCUCGGGAAAUUGUCAUCACCCUUUUGGGUGACGCUGGAGAUCCAGGGACUCCGGGACUGACAGGACCUCCGGGAGAUCGUGGAUUCAUGGGACCGCAAGGGCCCCGAGGAUCCCCUGGUAGAUCCAUACCAGGGCCAGCAGGUAUGAUGGGAGCGAGGGGGACUCCUGGAAGCAGAGGUGACAAAGGAGAUCCGGGUCAGGUUAUCACAGAUCAAGCAUUACCUGGAGAAACGGGAAGACCUGGCAGCCCGGGCCCCAGAGGUUCAAAAGGCCAACCUGGGAUGCCAGGCUUUUACUGCCUUCCGGGAGUGCCAGGAGAAUCUGGAGAACCUGGUGAAUCAGGGCCUUCUGGCCCACCGGGUGAUCGCGGAUUCAAAGGGCGCCAAGGUGAAUGCUUGUGUGGUCCUCCAUUUAUGAGGACGGGAGCCCCAGGCCCAGUGGGGAAGCCCGGUUUGGCGGGGUAUCCAGGGUCCCCUGGAGUUCAAGGUCCAAGAGGGGAGACAGGCUGCGUGGGAGACCCGGGUGUGACUGGACAGCCGGGCCUUGGUGGAUUACCUGGUGUCAAAGGGUUCAAAGGUCAAAAAGGAGACUUCAUUGUGGUAGAAAUCAAAGGUGAGAAGGGCGCAAGAGGUGAGCCGGGUCUUGCAGGUAGACAAGGUUUCCCUGGGAGAAGAGGCCAGGAUGGACUCCCAGGAGUCCCCGGAAGCCCUGGACCUCAGGGAGAAAGUACCUCCGGUUCUCUGGGGGACAGAGGCCUGAAGGGUCUCCCUGGCCCCAAAGGACUAACUGGACCCACUGGACCCCAGGGAUCCGGUGUGGUUGGAGCAAUAGGAAAUCGGGGGGAUCCAGGAUCCCCGGGACUUCCGGGUUUCGCUGGCUUCCCUGGCCUGAAAGGUGCUCAAGGCGAAACACUUCCUUGUAUACCCAGAAACCCUGGAGCCCCAGGACAGAAAGGGGAGGCCGGAGAUACAGGCCUCAGAGGGCUUCCUGGUCCUCCUGGUUUCAAUGGAUUCACUGGACCCGAUGGACCUAAAGGGGAAAAAGGACAGUCUGGACUUCCUGGACCACAGGGACUAGCAGGACCACGAGGUCUUGUUGGAGAUAUUGGAGUUGAAGGGCCUGAAGGCUUCAGUUUUGCCGGAGAGCCAGGUUCUCCGGGUGCACCGGGCACUCCUGGGCUGAGAGGACCAGCUGGUGAGUCUUAUGUGGGGACCUCAGGACCCGUUGGCUUUCCAGGGUUAGUGGGCUCUCUGGGACCUAAAGGAGUCCCAGGCCAAACUGGCAACCAGGGUUUCCAAGGGGUCCCAGGUCUGCCCGGAGUUCCAGGGCCUAAGGGCCAAAGAGGACAGGAUGGGGCACCGGGCAAUAAUGGUUCCCCCGGGCCCAUCUCUGAUCUGUGCCAAAAAGGAAAACCUGGUCCCACAGGCCCUCCCGGUCCACAAGGAGCUACUGGCCCCUCUGGAUGUUUUGGGGAGAAAGGUGAUAUGGGAGAACCAGGAUCACCAGGGUAUGGCCCCCGCGGCCCUGUGGGCAAACCAGGGUCUCCUGGUUUUCCUGGGUAUCCGGGACUUCCGGGCCCUCCUGGUCCCAGUGGAGAAUCUGGAUUUGCUGGGCGGGAUGGACAGAAAGGUCUGACGGGACCCCUUGGUAAAAACGGUGUCCAAGGAGAGCAAGGAUUGAUUGGGUUCCCAGGAUAUCCAGGGAGGACAGGAGAGAGAGGACCUGAUGGACAAGAUGGCAGGCCAGGAUGUCAAGGUCCCAAAGGAGAGAAGGGCUGUAAAGGGUACCCGGGACCGACCGGGGAGACAGUGGGUGUCCCUAUCAAAGGUGAAAGAGGAAAGCCUGGUCCGCCCGGUGUCAAUGGCUUCCCCGGUGCACGAGGAAAUAAGGGCGCACAAGGACUUUUGGGCAAGCCUGGGCCCCCAGGCACCAACAUGCCGCCGGGCAUCCGCGGGACGCCGGGCCCACAAGGGUCUUUAGGCAAACCGGGGCCUUCUGGAGGACCUGGGCCUCCUGGACCUUCCGGUUUUCUUGGCUUCCCUGGAGAACCAGGAGACCCAGGUGAGCAAGGAUGCCCUGGGAGGCCCGGAGAACGUGGUCGACGAGGACCUCCUGGGUCCAAAGGUGAUCAAGGAGAGUCACGCAGUAGACCUGGUUUACCUGGAGACAGGGGGCCUCCUGGAGCCCCGGGACCUCGAGGUGCUUCUGGAGCUCGAGGUGAUCCAGGAGCACCUGGGUUCAUCGGAGAGCCAGGUCAGAUAGGCUGCAAAGGAGAUCUCGGACAGCCUGGGGAGCAAGGAGCACCAGGUGUGAUUGGACCCCCAGGCCCCAGAGGCCGACAAGGGGUUCCAGGUCUUCCUGGCAACGCGGGGGCCGAUGGUCCCCCUGGAUCGUACGGUGUCUCGGGACUCCGAGGUCCUCCAGGACCACUGGGACUUCACGGCCUGGAUGGACUAAAGGGGGUGAAAGGGGACAUUGGCAGCAGAGGUCUCAGUGUUCCUGGUCCCCAAGGUUCUCAAGGUCUUCCGGGAGAUAAAGGCCCCCUUGGUCCUCCGGGUCUCCCAGGUUCAUCACAGCAUGGACCUCCGGGACCCAAAGGCCCUUCAGGAUCUAGAGGGACACAAGGACAAAUUGGACCUUCGGGUGCAUCCGGACCUGACUGUAAAACCCCGCCCUCUGGGAUUUCAGGAGAUCCUGGCGAACCCGGGCCAGAUGGAGAGCCAGGUUACCUUGGCGAGAUGGGCCGUGCGGGUCCUAACCCUCCAGUGCCUGGCGAUGAUGGGGAUAACGGGGGCAACGGAUGCCCGGGUCCAAAGGGAGACAAAGGACUUCCAGGGCCCAAGGGACAAGCAGGCAUCGGUGGAUUGCCAGGUUUAAAAGGAGAGCGAGGUUCAAUGGGUCUGAUGGGGAUACCUGGAAAUGCGGGCCCAAGAGGUUUCCCGGGACCAACUGGACCUCUUGGGUCGCAGGGUUGUACUGGUCAGGAGGGUCCAAAGGGGGAGAGAGGCAGAGUUUUCCCUUGCCCCACUUACCCUUCACCCCAACCGGGCCUUCCAGGACCUUCCGGGCUACCGGGUCUUCCAGGAAGUACUGGUUUUCCGGGAGACAGUGGCCUCAAGGGACUCAAAGGUAAGAAGGGGGAUGCCGGGUGUGUGGGUCCCCAAGGCCCUCGGGGGCCUCCGGGACCUGUUGGGGAGCCAGGUCGCCGAGGCCCAGAGGGGGAGAGCGGUGAGAUGGGAGCAAAAGGUGAUCCCGGUUUGACCGGAGACCGUGGAGCCCCUGGACCAUCCAAACCCUUGAACGCGGGCUUCCUAAUGGUCAUCCACAGCCAGUCCAGAGCGCCUCCAUCGUGUCCGCAGGGGAUGCAAACUCUGUGGGUGGGAUACAGCCUGUUGUACCUGGAAGGCCAGGAGAAGGCGCACACUCAGGACCUCGGCCAGGCGGGCUCGUGCAUGCGCGUCUUCUCCACCAUGCCCUUCGCCUCGUGCAACAUGGGAAGGUGCUCGUACGCCGGCCGCAACGACAAAUCCUACUGGCUGUCGGCCACGGCCGCCGUGCCCGCCCUGCCCGUGGCCGGAGCCUCCAUCGAAGAGCACAUCAGCCGCUGCGCCGUUUGCGAGGCGCCCUCCGCCCCCGCGGCCCUGCACAGCCAGUCGUCCAGCCGCCCUCCGUGCCCUCCCGACUGGACCAGCCUGUGGACCGGCUAUUCCUUCCUCAUGCACACGGGCGCCGGCGACGAGGGCGGCGGUCAGUCCCUGACGUCGUCGGGCAGUUGCCUGCGGGACUUCCGGCCGCAGCCCUUCGUGGAGUGCCAGGGCCCGCGGGGUACGUGCCACUACUUUGCCAACAUCUACAGCUUCUGGCUGACGGCGCCCGACGCCGAGGCCCGCCGGCCCGCCGCCAACGUGGGACGCUGCAACGUCUGCAUCAAGGUGGCCCCGCCCCCGCCCUGA